CACAACGGUAUUCACACAACUGCUUCCAAAUAUCUCUUUUGAUAAUAAGAAGGAAAAUUUGAGCUUGCAUUAAUUUCAGUGCAAGUUUCAUAAUGAGUUUUGGAAUAAGGAUGGAAAGGAACAAUAUCUAUGCAAGCAGGAUUCCCUUGGUUUUCUUUUUAUGCCAAAUUAUUAUUGCAUUGGAAGUACCUCCUGAUCUGCCACAGCCUCCAACAAUAACACAACAGUCUCCAAAAGACUAUAUUAUUGACCCAAGGGAGAACAUUGCAAUACAGUGUGAAGCAAAAGGAAAUCCACCUCCUAGCUUCUCAUGGACACGUAAUGGAACUCAUUUUGACAUAGAUAAAGAUGCACGGGUAAGAAUGAAGCCGCAGUCAGGAAUGCUUAUAAUAAAUAUUAUAAAUGAAGAAAAUGGAGGAAAGGCAGAAGCAUAUGAAGGAGUUUAUCAGUGCACAGCAAGAAAUGAACGUGGAGCAGCAAUUUCCAAUAAUAUUGUUGUACGCUCAUCUAGGUCCCCCUUGUGGACUAAGGAAACCCUAGUUCCAGUAAGAGUUAUUGAAGGCCAAUAUGUAAUACUCCCCUGUAGACCUCCAGUGGGAUUACCUCCACCUAUAAUAUUUUGGAUGGAUAACUCUUUUCAAAAGCUGCCUCAAAAUGACAGAGUUUCUCAAAGUCUAAAUGGAGACCUUUAUUUUUCAAAUGUAAAACCAGAGGACACACGUGAAGAUUAUAUAUGUUAUGCGAGAUUUAAUCACACACAAACUAUUCAGCAGAAGCAACCCAUUUCUUUAAAGGUUGAACCAGUGGAUUCAUUGAAUGAAACUAUAGCUGCUAAUAUGAGUGAGUCUGGUUUUUAUGGUGCCACGGAAUACAUAGAGAGACGGCCAGCUCUUCUGACUCCUACUGGAAUCACAAGUAGCAAAAUAGAGCUAAGAGGAAACACCCUUCUGUUGGAGUGUAUUGCAGAAGGAUUACCUACACCAGUUAUCCGCUGGAUUAAAGAAGGUGGUGAGCUUCCUGCCAAUAGAACCUUCUAUGAAAAUUUUAGAAAAACCCUCAAAAUCAUAGAUAUUACAGAAGCUGAUUCUGGAAAAUAUAAGUGCUUGGCAAGAAAUCGAUUAGGUUCUGCUCAUCAUGUUAUUACAGUCGCUGUCAAAGCUUCACCUUACUGGAUAAGAGAACCUACAAAUCUUGUAUUAUCCCCAGGAGAACAUGGUAACUUGAUCUGCAGAGCUAAUGGCAAUCCCAAGCCUAGCAUAAGUUGGUUAGCAAAUGGAGUUCCCAUUGCAAUUGCACCUGAAGAUCCUAGCAGAAGAGUAGAUGGUGAUACGAUUAUAUUCACUGAUGUACAAGAACAUUCAAGUGCUGUUUAUCAAUGUAAUGCCUCUAAUGAAUAUGGAUAUCUACUGGCAAAUGCAUUUGUGAAUGUCUUGGCUGUGGCACCAAGAAUUCUUACUCCUCGAAAUCAACUCUAUCAAGUCAUUGCAAACAAACCUGCAUUGCUACAUUGUGCCUUUUUUGGUUCACCUGUGCCUUCAGUUGAAUGGUUUAAAGGAGCAAAAGGUAGUAUUCUCCAGGGAGAACACUAUGUUUUCCAUAGUAAUGGCACCCUGGAAAUUCCUGUGGCCCAGAAGGAUAGCACUGGCACAUAUACCUGUGUAGCAGGAAAUAAAUUAGGAAAGGUACAAAAUGAAGUUCAACUGGAAAUUAAGGAACCAACAAUGAUUAUUAAGCAACCUGAAUACAAAAUGGUACAAAGGAAUGGACAAGUUUCCUUUGAAUGUACAAUUAAAUAUGACCCUACCUUAAUACCCACAGUUACAUGGUUGAAAGACAGUGGUGAAUUAUCAAAUGGUGAAAGGUUUAUUGUUGGUAAAUACAACUUAACCAUUACGAACGUAACUGAUAAGGAUGGUGGAACAUAUACUUGCCUCGCUAAUACUACUCUGGACAGUGUUUCUGCAAGUGCUGUGCUUACUGUUGUUGCUCCUCCAACAACUCCUCCUGUUGUUUACGAUCGUCCCGAUCCUCCGUUUGAUUUGGAAUUGACUGACAAACAAGAGAGAAGUGUUCAGCUCACAUGGGUACCAGGAGAUGACAAUAACAGCCCUAUCAUAAAAUAUACCAUUGAGUAUGAAGAUACCAUGCAUGAACCAGGGAUGUGGCAUUACCAUAUGGAUGUCCUUGGGAUCCAGACAACUGUACAACUGAAGCUGUCACCAUAUGUUAACUAUUCAUUUCGUGUAAUAGCUGCCAAUGAGAUUGGAAAGAGUCAGCCGAGUGAUCACUCUGAAAGAUACUUGACAGAAUCUGCAAAGCCAGAUGAAAAUCCAACUGUCAUUCAAGGGAAUGGAUCAGAACCUGAUAAGUUGGUGAUUAUGUGGGAGCCAUUAAAGCGUAUUCAGUCUAAUGGUCCAGGGCUUCGGUAUCAAGUCAGUUGGCGGCAAAAGGAUGUUGACGAUGAGUGGACAUCUGUUACAAUUGCUAAUGUAUCUAAGUAUAUUGUGUCUGGUACACCAACUUUUGUUCCAUAUGAGAUAAAAGUACAGGCAUUAAAUGAUCUGGGAUUUGCACCAGAACCUUCGACAGCAAUUGGAUAUUCUGGGGAAGACUUACCAAUGGUUGCACCAGAAAAUUUGGAGGUACAUGUUGUAAACAGCACUUUAGCAAAGGUGCGAUGGGAUCCAGUUCCACUAAACUUUGUCCGAGGCCAUCUUCGGGGGUACAAUAUUUACUACUGGAAAGUACAAAGUUUAUCUGGAAAAAGUAAGCGGCAUGCAGACAAAAAGGUGUUGACUUUCAGUGGAGAUAAGACACAUGGGAUGUUACCAGGACUGGAGCCAUACAGUUCUUACAAGCUGAAUGUUAAAGUGUUUAAUGGAAAAGGAGAAGGACCAGCAACCCCUGACAAGAAAUUUACAACUCCUGAAGGAGUUCCCAGUGCACCCUCCUUUUUGAAGAUUACUAAUCCAAGUUUGAACUCCCUCACUUUGGAAUGGGGACCACCUACUCAUCCAAAUGGUGUUUUGAUAGGAUAUACACUGAGAUUUCAGCCAAUUAAUAGCACACACGAAUUAGGCCGCUUGGAAGAGAUCACUAUUCCAGCUAAUGAGACAACCAUGAUAAUAAGCAACUUAAAUUACAGCACUCGAUACAAGUUUUACUUUAAUGCAAAAACAUCAGUUGGAUCUGGAAGUCAAGUAACAGAGGAGGCAGUAACAAUUAUGGAUGAAGGUAAGAUGGGAUAUUCAGAGAACCUGUUUGAAACCUCCCGUAUAAUGCAUCCCGUCCAUCCAACAUUUUAUAAGGUGCAACCAGUUAAUCCAAGGAUCAGAAAUGUUACUGCAGCAGCUGCUGAGACCUAUGCCAAUAUCAGUUGGGAGUAUGAGGGUCCAGAUCAUGAGAACAUUUAUGUUGAAUAUGGUGUGGCAGGCAGCAAAGAAGAAUUGAAAAAAGAAAAUGUAAAUGCUUCCCGGAGCUUCUUUGUAUUAAAGGGAUUAACACCAGGAACAUCAUAUAAAGUUCGGGUUGGUGCUCUUUCUGGUGUUAGCAGUUCAGAGGCUGUGUUUGAGACAGGUCCAGCGAAGGCAAGUCGACAGGUUGACAUUGCAACUCAAGGAUGGUUCAUUGGUCUUAUGUGUGCAGUUGCCCUUCUCAUCUUGAUUUUGCUGAUAGUUUGCUUCAUAAGAAGAAAUAAAGGUGGAAAAUACCCAGUGAAAGAAAAGGAAGAUGCUCAUGGUGAUCCAGAAAUACAGCCGAUGAAAGAAGAUGAUGGAACUCUUGGAGAAUACAGUGAUGCAGAUGACCACAAACCUCUAAAAAAAGGAAGCAGGACCCCUUCAGACAGGACUGUGAAAAAAGAGGACAGCGAUGAUAGUUUAGUUGACUAUGGAGAAGGUGUCAAUGGACAGUUCAAUGAGGAUGGAUCCUUUAUUGGACAAUACAGUGGUAAAAAAGAGAAAGAACCUGCAGAAGGAAAUGAAAGUUCUGAGGCUCCUUCCCCAGUCAACGCAAUGAAUUCAUUCGUCUAAAUAAAGAAAAAAAAAACAAUUGUGCCACCAUUCCAACAUUUUUGUUGUUUUUUUCAAGCACUUGUACAUUCUUCUGUAUUGUUGAACAUGAAAGAAACCAAUGUUCUACACAACAAAAGUGUUUAUGCUCUAAGUAAACAGAGGUCAAAUGGUCAUGCUACACAACAACAGUAAAUGAUACGUUAGUCUGAGCCAGAAUGCAAAACUGGAAGCAUUUUGCACAAAAAUUGAUUUUAUAUUAAAAAUUAAAAAGAAAUAAUGAAGAAUGUUGAAGGUAACAGUAUAAUGCAUGCAAAGUGCUGCAUAUUUCACAGACAAAGCUGGCUAUGCCACUGAAAGUUGUUUUGAUACUUUGUGAUGCAGUCCUCAAUUGAAUCCCCAAAUAUAAAGCCAAUUUUCAUUGUUAGAGUGUUAAGUAGUACUAAAUAGAACUUCAAUGUCUUUGUGGACAUUGUUGUGAAAUUGGUGACUUAAUGUCUAGCUAUCAUUAUGUCUUUUUUGCAAGACAGUUAGGAACAGUAUGUACAGUAUAUGAUUGAUAAAUGACUUUUAAGUAUGACACUUGCAUUUGCUGAUGCUUAUUGAGACCCUGAUAUCUGCUCUUUGUCCUCUUACUUCAUAGCCUUUUUAUCUAUCAAGUAUUACUGCAGUACAGUGUUUUGUUUUGGUCAUCCUAUGUAUGUUGUAUUUUUUUUAGGGCAUAAUACAGUAUGCAUUGUAAUGCAUUUGGAAUUUGUACAGUUGUGGAAGUGAAAUUUUAAAGUGAGAUAAAAAUGAUUCCAGAAACAUACAGGGCAGAAUACAUUCAGUGCCUUCAAAUAAUGUGCAUUCCAUAAUGUACUGUAAUUGGGCAUAACCCACUUGGAAUUUUUCCUAUGCAAGUUACACUGAAACGAAGAGGAAUUGCAAAAGAAUUGUGCGCCUUCAUGCAUUUUAGUGGGGCAUGGCAAGGAAAGGUAUCCAAUGGAUUGUAUCCCUGUUCAGUCAGUUAGUACAAUGGCAUUUGAUUGAUAAACUGCCAUCAUUGCCAAAGUAAUCUAGUUUGGGGUUUCCAGUGCCCAAAUAUGGUAGGAAAAUGGUUUGGUUGAAACAAAGAAUAAGUAUUUAAGUUAUACCAAUGCUCAUUAAGGUUUCCUUUCUGUAAUGAAGGUAAAAAACUACUGUGUAGAGAAGCUAAUGCAGCCUGUUUUCAUUGCCUUACACAGUUUUACAGAUAAAUGGCUGAAUUAGGGUACUGAAGAAACAACAUGAAGAAACAAAACAAAAAUUCUCUUAAUGAUAUAUUAAAACCUCGUGUUCACAACAGCACUAUUUGAAAAGCUGGAGUUCCAUUGACUACUUAAUGGGGCAGCUUUUAACAUGAUGUUUGGCAUGAAGAGGUAUAUAGCUCACAACAAAGCCAUGACAUUCAAUUUGAUAAGUAAGUUUAGUCACAGCCAUUGCCAUCUGUUAGAAAAUUACACACACACACACACACACAAUCUAUAUCACAAAAAUGGUUUACCUCCAAAUAUGAAAUUUUAUAUAACAACCUAUGGUUGAAGGAAUGCUCAGAUUCAUUUGCCAAUAAAUUGGUUUUUCAUAACUUGCAUCAAGUUUAAUUUUAAGUAAGCUUUUGAUAUGUAGAUAUUUUGUUGAAUUUGUAAAUACACUUAAAGUGUAGAUGCUAUAUGCUUCUAGGUGUUACAAAUAAAAAUACUUUUUUGUUGUACUGUGUAAGAAGUACUCCAGCCAGUGAGGUGCAUGGUAUUUUAAAGCAUCUACUAAAUAUUUAUGAAAUGAAAAUGAGAUAUAAUGAGAUGUUCUGCUUUCUGGCUGCAGCUUUUCAGGUCAUGUGUCAAUCAACUAAUAUCUGCUACUGUGCAGCUUCCAUUCAUUUUCUCUGAGCCCCCAGGAGCCUGUUUAAAUGAAUGGCUAUUGUACCAGCAGCCGUACUUAGUAGGUUGUGCCCAAUGUUAUUAGUGUGUCUGUAUCAGUAGCUGACACUGGAUCACAAUCCAAUUUUACAGCUUUGAUGCACAAACUGUAUUUAAAGCACAAAUUUGCAUUAACCAUCUUAUAAACAGCCCAAAAACUUUGCAAGAAAUUUAUAAUUUCUCAUGUCGUAUUUUCACAAAAGAUAGCAAAAAUAAUAAUCAGUUGUACAGCACUGAUUACUAAGCACAAGCAAGAGUACAUUCCUACCAGAAUUUGCCAACGGUAUUGGAGACAAACAUACAAUUAUCCUUUAAAUAUAGAUGCUAAAUUUAUCCAUGCAUGUGAAGAUGCACAGAGAAAUCACUUCUGUAAUAGUGCAACACAUUUUGUAUGAAAAUAAAUGUGGUUUUAAAGUUUCA